GCUAAUUGGAAUUACUCCACCUCUUCGGAUUCCUGCACAUCACAACUUUAGAUGGACCAAACUAUUCACCAGUCUGUAAUCGAUAGUGAGAGGGAAUAUCUGGACUUUCUGGAUGAUACCGAUGAGUACAAAGACCGAAUUAACUCCUUGAUCACCCGUGACGCUGUUCGUCUGAUAAUUAACGUAAAUGAUCUGCGUCGUGAGAAUCCCGCACGAUGCAAAAAACUGUUAAAAGAUUCCUCAACUGAACUUGUGGCUUGCCAAAGGGCUCUGAGAAGAUGCAUCCAAAAUGUGAACCCCGACUUUGCCAAAGGAAAGCAUGAUUUUUUUGUUGGUUUCGAGGGCAGUUUUGGGUCUAGACAUGUCACUCCAAGGACUCUGAGUUCAAAACUACUCGGUUCGAUUGUCUGUUUGGAAGGGAUUGUCACAAAAGCGUCACUUAUCCGACCAAAAGUCGUUUGUAGCGUCCACUACUGCCCAGCCACUAAAAAAUCCAUUGAAAAGCGGUACGCCGAUCUUACGAGUUUGGAGGCAUACCCUUCUUCUGGCGUCUACCCCACUCGAGAUGACGACGGGAACUUAUUGGAAACAGAAUACGGGCUGUCUGUUUAUCAAGACCACCAAACUCUCACAAUCCAAGAAAUGCCCGAGACUGCUCCUGCUGGGCAGUUGCCUCGAUCUGUAGACGUCCUGCUAGACAGUGAUCUGGUCGAUGCCGUACAGCCUGGUGAUCGCGUUCAGGUUGUUGGUCAGUAUCGCUGUCUCCCCGGCAAAAAGAAUGGAUUCACCUCGGCUAACUUCCGAACAGUAUUGAUAGCAAACAAUAUACAAUCGUUGAGCAAGGAUUCUGGACCGAGCUUCUCUGACAAGGACAUCAGUAUGAUGCGACUUAUUUCCAAACGGAAUGACGUACUGUCUCUCUUGACCCGAUCGAUUGCUCCGUCCAUCCACGGCCACGAGCAAAUCAAGCGUGCAAUUCUUCUCCUCCUUCUCGGUGGAGUCGAGCGUCAAUUGUCAAACGGAUCUCGUAUUCGAGGGGACAUCAACCUGCUACUAAUGGGCGAUCCAUCUGUUGCCAAGUCACAAUUUCUCAGAUUCGUUCUGCAUGUGGCUCAUCGGGCUAUAGCAACUACGGGCAGGGGAUCAUCUGGUGUCGGUUUGACUGCAGCCGUCACUACAGAUAUGGAGACAGGUGAACGCAGUCUUGAAGCUGGUGCCACUGUUUUGGCCGACCGAGGCAUUGUUUGUAUUGAUGAAUUUGACAAGAUGUCCGAUAUCGACCGUACUGCUAUUCACGAGGUCAUGGAACAGGGACGGGUCACCAUUGCCAAGGCCGGCAUACAAGCCAAACUGAAUGCUCGAUGCUCUGUUUUGGCUGCCGCCAAUCCCGUCUAUGGUAAAUACGAUCAGUAUAAGACUCCGAUGGAAAAUAUCGGACUCCAGGUGAGCCUAACCAGUAGACUUCCACUUCCUCGCAUUCCUAUUCUACUGUUCGCGCACCACAAGUAG